AUGCCUCCUAAAGUCGCUCCAUUGGAGUCAAAAAAGGUUCGCGCAAAGGAACGAAGACAAUUCACAAUUCUAUCGAAAAUUACGGAAAAGAUUGUCGAAAAAGCCAAGUCAGAAACGCCAAGUCAAGAGGAGCUAGAACAACUCGAAGCUGCAAUACCGAAACUCGAAAAAAUAAUUGACGUGAUCGAACAUCUGGACAGCCUGAUUAUAGACGAAGUGACAGCUGAGAACAAUAGCUUUGACGGAGAAACGGAACAGGACGAGUCGACAGACCUACUGUUACGGAACUUACAAAAAAUCACUCGUGCAAAGAAGGUGAUAACAAAAUACGAUAAGAGCAAUGCCAAAACGCCGUCUAAACCUACAUCUACAUCAAGCAAGACGCUAACGUCUAAGCUCCCGAAGCUUUCACUUCCGAGAUUCAGUAGUGUCAUCACAGAAUGGCAGCCAUUUUGGGAACAAUUUGUCGUGGAAAUACAUACGAAUCCAAACCUUACAGACGUAAAUCGAUUCGAUUACCUCUACGGAUUGCUCGACGGAGAUGCCCUGGAUACCGUACGGGAUCUCCUACCUUCAUCCGCGAAUUACGUAACGCUUAAAGAAACGCUUUGUGAAACCUUCGGAAGGGAACGAAAAGUAAUCCAAGCUUACGUUCUGCGACUGAUUCAUUUGGAUAAGCCCGAAUUGAAAGGAACGAGUUUACGGUCUUUUUAUAACAGCAUUAAGACAGACUUACGUAGCCUAGCAAAUCUUAAAGUGUCAGUGAACGAAUCACCGUCUAUUAUUGUGCCGAUCAUCGAAGAUAAGUUGCCAAAUAAGAUCAAAGGCAAUAUUGCUGACAUUGACAGAGAAAGACGAUACAAUUUAGAUACAUUCCUAGAAGCGUUAAAAAGACAGGUGGAACGGUAUGAAAACGAAAGCAGUGAACCAGAACAUUCCAAAGUCAGUAGUACACUUGCUGGUCCAUCUAACACUUACGUCGCAGUGGUUUCAGAUCAACGGAAAACGAACUGUGUAUAUUGCAAUGGGUCACACAGAUCUGUAGAUUGCAAAUCGGUAGCUGACUAUGAAAAACGGCAACAGGUGGUGAAACAAAAACGCUUGUGUUACAAUUGUUUAAAGCCACACUUACUGAAAGACUGUAAGUCUACUAGCACGUGUAGAGUUUGUAGGAGGCGGCAUCAUACCUCUCUUUGCAAAUCUAACGUCAAUGGGAACUCUAACGAUAGAGGAUCUCGAGACACACCAGUGAACAAAGGCUCAUCUCCAACGCAUUCGAAGGAUACACCUACUCACGAAGGCACAUCCCAAAAUGCAAAAGCUCAUGUGAAAACCGUUUCAACAGAAAACAUUCUGAGUGCAGAUUCCGGAUCAGUUCUAUUGAUGACAGCAGUAGCGGAUAUUUCAGCAACCGGAGAUGAUGCUGAAUCGUGUACGUUCUUAUUCGAUGGAGGUGCAACACGUACUUUCGUUACUCAAGAGACAGUAGCAAAACUUAACCUUCCCAUCGUCGGCCAAGAAAGUGUCAAUCUAGAGGUUUUUGGCGGGAACUCUUCAGAAGCCAAAAUCUGUGACAAAGUGAACUUUCAGGUACACACAUCGAACAAUGGAACUGUUGUAAUCAGAGACGCACUUGUAGUGCCAGUAAUUACGGCUCCAGUCAAGAAUCGCAUCAACCCGUCGCUCCUGAGAUUAACACAUCUUCAUGGAUUACGUCUUGCGCAUCCGUUGUCAAAUGAAAAUUCGUUUGACAUAUCAAUUCUAAUCGGGAGUGAUUUCUACUGGGACUUUGUCGAAGGACCGAUAGUCAAAGGCAUAGGACCAAUAGCCGUCCAGUCGAAACUUGGUUACAUGCUUUCGGGACCUGUCGACCAAAGCAAUACGGUUUCUAAUCGACCUCACAUUCUAAACGUCUCUAAUAAAACGAGGGACGACGAAAUUCGCUUGCAACAACACUGGGAUUUAAUAGAAACACUCGGUAUUACUGAUGACUCUAUUGAUCCCGUACCAUUGGAUUACAAAUCGUAUUGUGAAACUCACUUGCAUUACACUGAGAAUGGUUACGUCUCUCAACUCUCAUGGAAGGUUGAACACGCACCAUUGCCAACCAAUUACAAUGUCGCACUCAAACGGACUCGUAACAUGGUUCGGAAACUAACACCCGAGUUAUGUCAGGUGUACGAUGACAUUCUUAGUGAUCAGAUCAAACGUGGUUUCAUAGAAGAAAUCAUUGAUGAUGACAUCACAACAGGCCAUUACCUGCCGCACAGAUCUGUCAAACGAGACUCUAGUACGACUCCUAUAAGGAUCGUUUAUGACUGUAGUUGUAAAGUUGGGGAUAGCCCCAGCCUUAAUGACUGCCUCGAAACCGGCCCUGCUCUUCAAAAUGACCUGCCAUCUAUUCUGAUGAGAUUUCGCUUACACAACUAUGGAUUGAUAUGCGAUAUCGAGAAAGCUUUCUUAAACGUUGGACUCGAUCAGAAAGAUCGGAAGUUUACCAAAUUUCUUUGGAUAUCUGACGUCAAUGAUCCGAACAGUGACUUUAAAGUAUUUCAGUUCAAGGUGGUUUUGUUUGGUGCCGUUUGCAGUCCGUUUAUUUUAAACGCUACAGUGAAAGCGCACUUAGAGAAACAGGACACUCCUUUGUCAACAAACAUCAGAGACAACAUUUACGUCGAUAAUGUAGCUUCAGGAGUGGAGAAUGUACCCGAAGCUUUGCAGUACUUCGCAGAAUCCAGGACAUACUUACACUCUGGUGGAUUCAAUCUUCGCAAGUGGUCAUCGAAUUGCCCUGAACUUCAAGAAAAGGCGAAAUCGGAGGGAGUUUUAUGUCCAAACAAGGAAGUGAACGUUCUCGGUAUCAAAUGGGAUACUGAGCAGGACUCACUCUCUUUUGCUCAUAAAGUCUCUGAGCUUCCACUAGAUCACCGGUUUACGAAACGUGACAUUGUGCGGAUUACCAGUAGCAUUUUCGAUCCACUUGGAAUAGUUUCGCCCGUACAUAUACGCGCCAAGACAUUUAUACAGAAACUGUGGUCACGUGACAUCGGCUGGGACCAGCCCAAUGGGACCAGCCCAUACACAAUGACCUUGUUGAGACAUGGAGUGAGUUAA